ACCAUAGUCAGCGGGAGUGACGAUAAGACAUUGAGGGUGUGGGACGUUGACAGCAUGAAGCAGAAGGCUUGUCUCAAGGGUCAUAGUGAUGCGGUAGAGAGCGUGGCGAUCAGCGGGGACGGCAAGACGGCUGUCAGCGGGAGUAGGGACAAGACGCUGAGGAUGUGGGACCUUGGGAGCAUGACGCCGAAGGCUUGUCUUGGAGGUCAUAGUGACUGGGUAUACAGCGUUGUGAUCAGCGGGGACGGCAAGACGGCUGUCAGCGGGAGUGACGAUAAGACGCUGAGGGUGUGGGACCUUGGGAGCAUGAAGCAGAAGGCUUGUCGUAAGGGUCAAAGUGACUUGGUAAGGAGCGUGGCGAUCAGCGGGGACGGCAAGACGGCUGUCAGUGGUAGCUGGGACAAGACGCUGAGGGUGUGGGACCUUGGGAGCAUGACGCAGAAGGCUUGUCUUGGAGGUCAUCAAGAUCAGGUAUGGAGCGUUGCAAUCAGCGGGGACGGCAAGACGGCUGUCAGCGGGAGUAGGGAUUGGACUUUGAGGGUGUGGGACCUUGGGAGCAUGAAGCAGAAGGCUUGUCUUAGAUGUCAUAUUGAUGCGGUAUACAGCGUGGUGAUCAGCGGGGACGGCAAGACGGCUGUCAGCGGGAGUGCCGAUACGACGCUGAGGGUGUGGGACCUUGGGAGCAUGACGGAGAAGGCUUGUCUUCAGGGUCAUAGUAGUGCGGUAGAGAGCGUGGCGAUCAGCGAGGACGGCAAGACGGCCGUCAGCGGGAGUAGCGAUGCGACGUUGAGAGUGUGGGACCUUGAGAGCAUGGAGGAGAAAGCCUGCCUCAGAGGUCAUAGUCGUAGCGUAUCCAGCGUGUCUCUC